AUGAAAAGCUUUCUACAUCGACCAACUACUGAAGAACGAAUGGAAAACUUGCGCUUCCUUCCAGAUCCAAACGAUAACAACCCAUUUAGAUUAUCAAAUAAAGGUGGAGCAUACGGUAGUCCGAAAAGUAACAAGGGAAAAGCUGAUUCGCCGCCUGUUAGUCGAGAUCAAGAUGAUGAUCGUCAAGUUGUUGCCGGAAUUCCGGAUUUGAGUGACCCUUGCUUCAGACGUUACGCCAAUUGUAUAGUGGUGAAUGCGCAACCAUAUGAGCGAAGAUCAUCAACGUCUUUGAUCAAAUGCAAAUCUCAUUGUCUACAUAGCCAAUCCGGAGUUUAUAGUUGUCGUUCAUUCGUCUUUGAUAAUAUCAAUCAGGUUUGUGAUCUCUUCGCUCAUGUAGGUGACCAAUCCCCUGCUCGUCUUCUUAAAUUCCAAACUCGGGACUAUUUCGAACCAACAUCAGCAAUUCAAUGUCUGGACAACAAUGAGACUGAUGACUUUGCAAUACCUGAACUUGCUGUCCGAGCAUUAGAAGCUGAUAAAGCACCUAUCCACUCUACAGCAAUCACUAGUAAAGUAUCUACAGAACCUUUUGGUCAGCAGUGCCCGAUAGGCAAGAAGGCUGGAUUCUUACGAACCGAGGGAUUUGAGCUAUUUAAACACGAUGACUUGACCUUACAAGUAGAGAACGUGGACGAAUGCACUGUAGCCUGUGAAGCCAAUGAAAUUAACGGCGAGCGUUUGGAUUGUCGUUCAUUCGAUUUCUCAUUGAAGACGUGUGCCUUCACGAAAGAAGCCGCUGUACCAGUUGGUGAAGGGCAAUUAAAACAAAAAUCUGACAGUUUUUAUUACGAGAAAAUCUGUAUUUCGGAAAAGUUUACAAAUCAAUGCAAAUCGUCCUUUGCUCGAUUCCCUCAGAUGAUACUUGUUGGGUUUGCUGAGAAUGUGGCUGAUUCGAGUAGCUUUGAGCAAUGCUUUGAUAACUGCUUGAACAGCUUCCAUCUAUACGGCUUUAACUGUACAAGUGGAAUGUUUUACUUUGAGGAGUCAAACCUGAAUUGCAUCUUGAAUACUGAGAAUCGACGUACUUAUCCAGAUCUCUUCACCGAAGAAAACACUGACAUCGUCGAUUACUUUGAGAUUGACUGUGGUCGUACAGCUUCAACAAAUUUCGAUGAAAAUCGUUCGGAAAAACUAGUCUUAGCCGAUGAAACCGAAACCGAAUGGACAGAUUGUGAUGAUGGAAUACAGCAUAGACGCCGCGACUGCGACAAAGAAAAAUCCAACUGUGGAUUAGAAAGCCGAUCAUGUGAUCAUGGGACAACAUCAUCUAAAGCAGCAACAACAACAAUCACAACAUCUCAGUCAUCGACGGCGGCUCCACAAUUAGCUUCAGAAAAGGCCAUUGAUUCGAAGUUGCCGAAUCGCCAAGAUAUCUUGGCUCUCAAAAAGCGUCUACUUGCCACCGGCUUUGAAUGUCCCAAAAAUCAAUGUUGUAAUGUAUUUAAUAUGUGCUCUGUCGGCUUACGACAUAAUUUACAAACGAAACAAUUGGAAUACUGUAAAACUCCUUGUGAAGUUCAAUGA